AUCAGUUGAAUUUGCGAUAAUGAAGUCUGUAUCUAUAAUUUCAGUUGGACUAAUCAUAGUGUAUAUAUCUUAUUCAAAUGCUGGCACUUGGCAUUCUUUCAAUUGGAUAAAUCUCUUAAAGAUUCAAGAAAGUGUAGUGCGAUAUUUAGAUAACUAUAUAAACGCCUUGGAAACGAAGUUAGACAUAAUCAACGAAGCUCUGGUCGACUUGGCCACAUAUCAUAUUCAGUUCGAACGAGACAAGUUGGCCAUUGCAUCCAGUCCAGUGGGGAGUUACUCAUUAAUCCAUCACAUGCAGUCGGACUGGACGCAGUGGCAGCUCUUCCUACAGGAAGAUCCUGGAAAAGAUGAAUUGGCAUCUCUAGUAUCUAUGAAGAAGUACUUGCCUACCAAAAGUGAUAUCUCAGAAGUUUGCCAAUGCAUUUCCAACAUAUCCAACGCCUAUCAUGUGCCUCCGCAAGAUAUCGCAAACGGUGUAAUGUUGGGCAUUCAGACAAAGUACUUGAUGUCUCCCCGCGAUUGUGUUGUCUUGGCGGAUCACUGUAUGGAUAGCAAAGACUAUGACAAGUCGAAGGAGUGGCUUCAAGUGGCUCUGUCCAUGCUAGAAAGUCCACGUUAUCAGGAUCCCAUACUACCUUCUCUGAACUUGAAAGCCGCUGACUUGUACUUGAAACUGGCAGAGGUCUAUGUGAAACAGCAAAAUUGGCCUCUGGCGCUUGCAACAAUUGAGUUUGCUCUGAAGUCGCAUCCUCACAAUGCACAGAUGCUCAGGAUGCAAGAGCAUUUGAGCAUUAAUAUUCUGCUCAAUCCAACCAAAGGACCAGAAUUUAAUACUGAAAGUAAUCAAUUAAGGCUUCGACAAAACAAAAGUCUUUACUGCUUCUAUGAUAUCAAGUCAGGAACUUUCUAUUCCCUGCUGGCGCCAAUGAAAGCAGAAAUAAUCUUUAUUGAUCCAUUGCUUACAUUCUACCACGACUAAUGACAAUCGCUAGUAUAUAUCAUCAUUAUUACUUACUUUUCAAGAUAUUAGGAAAUAAAAACGUAAAGUUCAAA